GGCGCAGUUCAUGUAUGUCAUGCAAGAGGAACAAAGCAACACAGCAUUGGCCGAGGGCGGAGUUUCAAUGAUGACCAACGGCAAGAGUCAGCGCCAUCCAGCGGCCAUCCACAUCACAGCACAUACCACCACCACCACCUCCACGUCUGAAGCAUCUCCCUUAUAGUUUUCAAAGAAAUCCAUAGUUUCCAGCUUAGACCUUUAAAUCUUUCUGAGCGACACAAAGCCGGAAGGAUGCGCCUCUCAAUACUUCCUGUCCUUCUUGCAGGGGCUGGUAUUGUCAGUCAAGUCACUGCGGAGCCUCUCCGUGUCUUAGUCGAGAGCCCCUCAAAUGCCAAUGCAAACAUUCGCUUCGGCCAUGCGCUUGCCAACGCCAACGUGAACGGCAACGAUGACUCUGACAACGUCGCCCGCUUGGUGCGCCCAAGCCUCACAAUCACCACCUCCACCGAAGUGAAGGGCAAGCAUCACUUCUGUGGUGCAUCCCUGAAAGCGAAGGCACUCCGCAUGUCAAACGCAUUCCGUCAUGCUCUCGGCCUUCCUCUCAUCGAGACGGGUGAUCAUGACGGAUUCAAGAGUGAAGUUAUCAGUAAAUCCGGUCCUGGAGUUCAUAUCCUUCCCAUGCCCUUGUUUGGGACACCCAUUACACCCAAAGUCCCUGCCAGUUCCUCUGAGGAGGAGAACUCAGGCGAUGUCAAGGAGCUCCUUCCUGACGGAUCCGUCGUGCGGAUUUAUCGCCACCAUGAAGGUGAAUCCCACCAUCGCCACCAUGAAGCUGGAUCACACCACCACAGCCAUCAUGACAUGAAGCACAAGAAAGCUGGGUCUUUCCUUAGGCGCGUUCACCGCGCCAUCAUGGCCCUCAGCCUAUGGGAGGGUCGCGCUGUUGCGUUCGUUCUUGGUUGCGGCAUCGGUGUCUUGCUUCGCAUGUUCUGGGUAAUGUCUGUUCUCGUGUAUCGCACCGUCAGAGGUGAGAGACCGGAGGAGGUCGGUCACGGAUUCAUCAUGUUCGAGCAUGAUGCAGAGAAUAACUUUGUGCCUCCCCCUGAAUACACGGACGAGAAGGUGAAGGUGGCCGAGGUUGAAGCUCAAGAGAUCGAGACUCUUGCGAAGUGAAUGUCACCAAUCCUCCCCAUUUGAAUCACUACAUGCCUAUGAAUAUUUUGUUAUCGCUCGUGUCCUGCGACUUUUACAUUCCACCCAGAUUCACUUCUUUUUCUUUCUUCGCCAGAUACAUACAUGGCUGGCUGGUCGUUUGGUUUGGAAAUGCCUCGUGUCCGUGCAUUUUCGACGGACUCUCACACUCCUUUGCCUUGUCACUGUGCACAUGUUGUAUUUUUGUUGCCUGGUGCUCGUAGUAACCUAGCUGUGUUCUGCUGUGAUCGCAUGUAAGACCAAUUCAAAAUGGCCAGC